AUGAGCAAGGACGCCCGCUUCGCGCGACUUCAGACGGACCCGCGCUUCCGGCGCCCGAAGCAGAAGGCGCUCAAGGUCGAGAUCGAUGAGCGUUUCAAAGAUGCCCUCUCCGCCGACUUUGGCAAGGUCGCCUCGAAGGCCAAGGUCGACAAGCGUGGGCGCGCGAUCGCGUCAACAGCCGGCUCGGACAGCAUGAAACGGUUUUACCGCCUCGCGUCGCCGGAUGAGGAGCGUGUCGACUACGCGCGUGGCGAGGGCGUGCUCGAGUCGUCCGGCUCUGAAGAUGAGAGUGACAGCGAAGUCGAGGAGGACGAGCUCGAGCUCGGCGGGAAGCGCAAGGUCCGCUACCUUCCUUCUGCCUCUGAGUCCGAGUCUGAGUCGGAGGAGGAGGAGGGGCUGGUCAAUCUCAGCGAGAGCGAGGACGAGGGCCAGCUGAAUGUCAACCUCAGCGAGGACGAGGCGGAGGUGGAGGAAGAGGAGGAGGAGGAGGAGGAGGAGGAGGAGGAGGAGGAGGAGGAGGAGGAGGAGGAGGAGGGUGCGGACCCUACUAUCCGCAUCGCGGCAGUCAAUCUCGACUGGGACCACCUGCGCGCGACCGACAUUUUCACGAUCUUCAACUCGUUCCUAAAGCCACAGGUCAAGAAGGGCGAGGCGGCCCCACCUCCCCCAGGCAAGCUGCUCAGCGUGAAGAUCUACCCCUCCGAGUUUGGCAAGGAGCGGAUGGCGGCCGAGGACGCUGCUGGCCCAGGUGGAGGCCUGUGGAAGCUCGACAAGCCCGCCAAGUCGAAAAAGUCUCAGCACGCGGACUCGGACGAGGAGGGCUCGGGCGACGAGCCGGAGGAGGAGGACUCUGGUGCCGAGGAGGAGGGCUCCGGCGGCGAGGAGGGCUCUGAGGACGAGUCCGAGGCCGAGCAGGAUGAGCUGCCGGACGACGGUCUCGACGCCGACAUCGACAACCUCGAGAUCCUCUCCGAUGUGGACAAUGAAGAGGACAUUGAUAUGGACCAGUUGCGCAAGUACCAGCUCGAGCGGUUGCGGUACUACUACGCCAUUGCAACUUUCAGCAACGUCCCCGCUGCCGAGCUGGUACAUGACGAGCUGAACGGCACUGAGUUUGAGCGCACAGCCAACAUCCUGGACCUGAGCUACGUGCCCGAAGGCAUGGAGUUUGCCGAGGACGAGGUGCACGACGAGUGUACCAAGGAGCAAAAGGGUUACAAGGGCAACGAAUUUGUUACGGACGCCCUCCGCCACUCCAAGGUCAAGCUCACUUGGGACCAGGACGACCCGAACCGCGCCAAGAUGACGCGACGCGCCCUCACGCGUGAGGAGAUUGAGGAGGAGGACUUUGCCAAUCUCGUUGCGGGGUCGGGGUCUGAAGACUCGGCCUCUGAACCUGAGGAGAAAAUCGAGAAGGGAAAGAAGAGCAAGAAGGAACAGGCAAAGGAGAGGAAGGAGAAGCUGCGUGCGUUGCUCGCUGCAGGCGACGGCGAUGUGUGGGGCAAGGCUGGGGCUGCUUGGCAGGAGGAGCUGGCCGAUAUCCGGGACGGCAAGAAGACAGGUAAAAAGGGCAAGGACGACGUCGAGAUUACCUUCAAGCCUGGUCUUACGAAUCCCGCCGUGGCGGACGAGGAGAACAUGACUUCGUUGGAACGGUACCAGAUGCGGAUGAAGGAGAAGAAGCGCGCCAAGAAGGACAAGUACAGCAAGGCCGACGACGACGAGCCGAUGGGCGGCGACGACUUUUUCGGCGACGACGAGAGCGAAGACGAGCCAGUGCCUAAGGGCAAGAGCGGCAAGGACGCCAAGUCCAAGGGCAAGAAGGAGGGCAAGGGGAAGCGGGCCGAGGAGGAGCGCAACGACGUUACCUUGGAUACAGACGCUGCGGGUCUCGUCGACGACCCAUCGCGCCACUUUGCGCUCAAGGAUCUUGUCACUGCCGAGAAGGAGGCAGGUAAGAAGCGUAAGCGGCACCGCAAGGGCGCAAAGAAGGAGCUCGAGCUGGGCCCCGAGGGCUUUGCGGCCAGUGUCGACGUAGCCGACCCGCGCUUCGCAGCGAUUUACGACGAGCCCUCAUUCGCGCUUGACCCCACGCAUGCCAAGUUCACCGACACGAGCGUCAACCGAGAGAUCCUCAAGCGUACGCGCGACAAGCACGCUGAGGGGCGCGAGGGGAAGAAGUCGGAGGGUGGGGAGGGUGAGGGGAAGGGGCUCAGCGAGCUGGUGGCGAGCGUCAAGGCCAAGAGCCGGCCGCGGAAGAGGAGCAAGCAUUAG